AUGGAGGUGAGGUCCGAGCAAGGGCUGAUGGCGGGGAGGGAUCUAUUCGGUAUGCCAAAGAGCCCGCCGGCGCCGGCGCCUGGGCCGCCGGCGUCCGCCGCCAUGCAGAGCGUGCGCAUGGCGUACACCGCGGACGGCACCGCUGUGUACGCUCCGGUUAACUCCUCGCCUACGACGCCGUCUUACCAGCCGCAGGGCGCAGCCCACGGGGCUAGCAUGUCCGCGGCGACGGUCGUUGGUGGCAAUGGGUCAUCAGGAGUUGGAUUUACACCUCAUGUUAUUACAGUUCAAGCUGGGGAGGACGUGUCAUCAAAGAUUAUGUCGUUUUCUCAGCAUGGAACACGUGCAGUUUGUGUUCUUUCAGCAAAUGUGGGUGCCAUAUCAAAUGUGACGCAACCGUCAGACUGCUACAUCAGGUGGAACUGUAACAUACGAGGUUUGUGCUUAUGGCCAGUGGAAGCUAACAUACUUCUCUUCUCGGGUCGAUUCGAGAUACUAUCACUGUCAGGGUCAUUCCUCCUAGUGGAGAAUGGUGGUCAGCGUAGUCGAACUGGAGGGCUCAGUGUGUCACUGGCUGGCCCUGAUGGUCGUCUGUUGGGUGGUGGAGUUGCAGGACUUCUCAUAGCAGCUUCACCAGUUCAGAUAGUACUGGGAAGCUUCAAUUCUGGAGGCAAAAAAGAGCCAAAAAAGCAUGCUCCUUCAGACCCCACAUCAGUGCCACUGAAAGUCACUCCGACAACCGGGAUGAGACCCAACAGCCCUCCUUCAAGAGGUACAUUGAGCGAGUCAUCUGGUGGCGCUGGAAGCCCACCACCACUGCAUCAAGGCAUGGCUGCUAGCAAUAAUAACCAACCGCCGUUCCUGUCAAGCAUGCCUUGGAAAUGA